CAACGUACAGAGCUCAGCUUCAACGCCAAAAUCCAAAAGUUUCAUCCACUCAAAACUCGCGCAAAAUUCAAAGCAAAAAAUAUUGAACAAAAACAAAGUGAAGUGAAACAUAAACACAACUAAUUAAUUAACAAAUUAAGUUAAUAUAAAUAAAUAAACACACACAAACAGACACACACCUAUAUAGAAAUGCAUAGCCAACAAGUUUAUACACUAAGCCUGGCCUGCCUUAUUCUUAGCCUGGCCAUAAUCGAGGCGGCUGUUUACACUCAACCAGCUGUCCGACAUCCAGCACAUCCCGGCAAAUGUUUCGAUAAGUUCACCCGUCGUGCCAUGCUACCCGACAAGGAGUACAAGCCGAAGGGCAUCUGUGCCACAAUGACGUGCAAUUUGGAGGCGGGCGAGAUCUCGAUAGAGACCUGUCCCUAUGUCGAGGCCCCUGGCUGCGAGGAGCUGCCCAGCGAUGUUAACUGGUCAUUCCCGAAAUGCUGUCCACAAUUCAAGUGUGUUGACUUCAAGACUGGCAAGGAGUUUAUUGUAACGCUCUAGAAGAAGUCUUUAGGAGGAAGACGAGCGGAGGAUAUUGAACGUGAACGUGAUUUUACAUAAAAUGUAUUCAUAGUUUUUAUAGUCUUUUUGUAUGAAUCGAUAUGUAUGGGUGUGAACGUGUACUGUGCGUGUGUGUGCAUGUGUGAGUGAAUGAUUCAUUUAACUCUUU